CAGAAGAUUAGACCCCAAAUUUUAUAUAAUUUAAUUUUUAGCUAGAAUUCUAGUCCUAAUUUGCAAAGUUAAUUAUUUAAUCAGGCCCAAUGUAAUUAAUUUAGCUCGGCCCAAUUUAAUCAACUAGCUUGGCCCAUUUCAGUCUUCUCCUCUGUUAUAGUUUCAUUGCUUCUGUGUUGCACAGAGUAUUUUUAGAGCUCGGAGCUUCCAGGAAGAAAUAUCAAUGGGUAGUGAAGAUGAAUCGAUAGAGCAGAAGUCUGCUGCUCGUAAAGAGGCGCUUAGAGCUUUAAGAGCAGCUAAGGAGCUGUCAGAGAGCAAGGAAGAGGGAGAAGGAGAUGACUCUGCUGCUGUUGAGGAAGAUGGUCCAGCCAUGAAGUUUAGAAACUAUGUUCCCCAAGCUAAGGAGCUUCAGGACAGUAAAGUUGUACCACCUGAGCUGCCCAAAUUCGAAGAUCCAGUUGCUGCACUUCCACCUGCUGUGGAGAAGAAUGAGGACCCAUUUGUCAACAUUGCUCCAAAGAAACCGAACUGGGACCUCCGAAGAGAUGUCCAGAAGAAGCUUGACAAGCUCGAAAGGCGGACCCAAAAGGCAAUGUAUAAACUCAUGGAGGAGCAUGAGAAAGAACGUGAGACGGUGGAAGCUGAUGAAAACGCAAUAGAAAGUUAAAGACGUGAUGAUCACAUGAAAGAAGCUUCAGAACAUUUUAUUCAGUUUUUGUAUGACUGACUAUUAAGCUUCUGUCUUAAGAGAGUAGACCAUAGUGUACUGUCUCGUUGGUUUUGUUUUCAAGAUUCGGCCUUACUUGGUUUGAAUGAGAACUUCAGAUUAAUUCACUUUA